UAUAGGUCUCCUAAGCAUUUCUUGUAUACAUUUCACAUUACCCCUGUGCAUGUCACAAGUCCUGCACUUGGCAUUGCUUCAAUUUGCCCAGAAGGAAUGGCAUUGGAGAUGUCAAUGGAAGAUACGGCUAUGAAGGUAGUUGUUUUUGUGCUUGUUCAAGCUCUGGUUUAUUUAAUCCUCUCCAAUUCAUCGGACAUUUUCUCGAAGAAGAAGAAGAAGAGAUCGCUUAGUUUCAAACCUGCUCGUUAUGGUAGCAUUUGCCGGAUUUUGGCUGCAAUCUCCGACAUCCCACAGAGCGGUGAGGCAUUGCCUUCAUCGCGGAGUUUACAAUCACCAACCCAGAAGUUCCACACCACCGAGGAUUGUAUGUAGAUUGCAGAUCCUAUUGUGUAUUAUGCUUAUUGUAUUCAGAAAUAUUACUCUGUAUUCUUUUAUUUUA